AUGCCUCAUGUCACGUACAAGUACACGUACAAAUACUCCGGGCUGGCCUCUAUUGACAGUCUACCUCUAGGCCUCCCACAUCUCCUGCCCAAGAGACAGAAUCGCCAGCACCGGCAUCACAGGUCUGUUUCAACACCAAAAGAAGACCGACCACCGCGGCCGCUCUAUCUUACCGUGAACAACCACCACUACGGGCAUACCCAUCGCAAGGGUUACCAAUUGCCACAGAACUCGUCCUCGGAACACGAAGCCAGGCUAUACCGAGAUCACGACGGCCUUGUUCGGGAAUACUAUACAAGUGAACCCCGCGGCACCAAAUACUACUCCGAGGAUGCACUUGCCUCUGAGUCCUACAAUGAUUCUUCACCUUCAGCUCCAAGGUCACAACUGCCGCAUUCCUCUUUGCCUUCUGAGCACAAGUGCAUCCUUGCCUCUCCGUUGCCCGCAACACCAACCGGAUGCUUAAUUCCCGGAACUCAGCUUGCCCUCAACAUCCCUCGUGCUCUCUCUAACACAACCAACUUCGGAGUUUCGAAGAACGAUGGUCUUACUUAUGGGUAUAUAUUUCCAACCAAACAUGCUGUCGUCAACCUUAUCGAGCCAGAAUGUUUGCCUUUUGAUGGGACUAGUGGUUUCCUGUUCCAAGUCUACAAAGUGCCGACUUGUUUGACUUUGCGCGAUUUUAUUAAUCAAAUUGUGCCAUCUAAACCCGGCAGUGCAGAGAGAAGCCCCUCUGCUCGGGGAAUCAUUGAAUGUAUCAAUCUGGACAAUCGCUCGUGGGAACGGGGGCAGGAAUUCUGGAUUGGCGGUCCUCGAGGCGAUCUCGAGUCUAUGAAAUUCAAUGUCAAGGCCUGCACUUUGGAGGAUGUCGGCUGGACCGAAGAGAGAAGCCCAAUUUGGGUGGCCAGAACUUUUGUUUAG